ACUAUGCGAAACGAACUAUCUAAAACUUACGAGUGGCAGAAGUUGGCGGAGAUAUUCCUUCUAGUGAUGCAAAAACAAAAAACCUUUCUUCAGAUUUGUUUUUGUAAAAUCGAGCUUAGAAGUUUCUGGAAUUAAUUAGAUGUCAAGAGGCCACAAGUUUGGCGCCUUGUACGAGUGUGAAAUGCGUGUUCACCUUCACUCUCUACCACAUUUAUAAAUUUCUUUUACUCCCUCUACCUCUGCCCUUCGCUUCCAAUUCCUAAAAUGACGUCGUUUGGGUGCUUCCCCGCCAUUUCACCGCCUCCCUCUCUGCUCACCAGACCUUCCUUUCGUACUCGCUCCGUCUUGCCUUUCCAGAACCGGUUUUGCAGGCUUGGUGUAAAAUGCAGCUCUGCUGAAGCUGGUGUAGUGGACGAGUCUAACUCUGCUGCGAUAGAUGUAGUUGCUGAUAUUAAGUCUGAACGAGUUGUGGUGUUAGGAGGCAAUGGUUUUGUUGGUUCUGCGAUUUGUAAGGCUGCAGUUUCCAAGGGCAUUGAAGUUACAAGCCUUAGCAGGUCAGGGCGUCCUAGUUAUACGGGUUCAUGGGUAGAUCAAGUGAAUUGGAUAUCAGGAGAUGUUUUCUAUGCAAAUUGGGAUGAAGUACUUGUUGGGGCUACUGCCAUGGUUUCAACCCUUGGAGGUUUUGGGACUGAGGAACAGAUGCUAAGGAUUAACGGCGAGGCUAAUGUUGUAGCUGUUGGUGCUGCGCAGAAGUAUGGAAUUCCCAAAUUUAUCUUGAUCUCUGUACAUGAUUACAAUUUCCCACCAUUUUUACUUUCUUCAGGAUAUUUCACUGGAAAGAGGAAAGCAGAGUCAGAGGUUCUUUCCAAAUAUCCGUACUCUGGUGUUGUCUUAAGACCUGCUUUCAUAUACGGGAAAAGGAAGGUAGAUGGUUUUGAGAUCCCUCUGGAUUUGAUUGGGGAACCAUGGGAGAGAAUUCUGGGUGCAGUAGAAAAUUUUACAAAGCCCUUGAGUUCACUUCCUGCAUCUGAUGUGUUCUUGGCGCCACCAGUUAGUGUUGAUGAUGUUGCACUUGCAGUAAUAAAUGCAGUAACAGACGAUGAUGUCUUUGGCAUUUUCACAAUUGAACAGAUUAAGGAAGCUGCAUCAAAAGUGAAAGUAUGAAUGUAUUUAGGAUUCACCCUUCUAUACUGAAGUAGUAGCGAUACAUUACAGGCAGGCUGAGGAACAAUUGAUACGUGGUCAGAAAUCCGGCGUUUAGACAGUUUCACGCUGAGUCUACUGAGAUAUAGUAAAGUUGUUUGUAAAAACUGUUUUGUGAGAAUUCUUUAGCAACAUGUUCUGUUUGGAUCCUCAAAUCUAAAUUUCAGUUAUCUAUAUAAUGGCAAAGGUCAUUCCACA